CCGCCCCAGCCCGUGGCUCCCACGCGGUCCGAAUCCCUUUGCUGCUGGCAGAAGUAAAAGAAGAGCAGACUGGCUUUGCAAACCGGGCAUAUCAUGUUGUGCUACCCUUGUCCAAAGCCCACUGAGUCCAUCUUGUGAAGUCAUACACUGGAAUGGUGGUCUUGAUUUUCCUGGACGAAUACUCUGAGAAAAAGAAAAGCUAUGGGACCUGCUAGUACCUCAAGUUUAUUGUCUGGAGAGAAAGGUUUGGCUUGAGACUCCCCAGACUCCGCCCUUCUUCUUCUUCCCACUGUUCUCUCUGCCCUGAAAAUCCUGCCUAGCUACUAGCCGGUCCUUCCAGUUGCACAAUUUGCUAGUGUUCCAGCUACACCGGUUCUGUCAAGCACUGUGUAGUCCAUACUGUAAAGUCAAAGACCUGAAACUAAUUUUCUGCCACCUACAGCAUCUUGUGUCAGGGAUCUCCUCUCAGUAUUUGAAACCAACCGGUAUGUGAGAGUUGGAAUUUGUGACAAGUACCCUGGAAAGUUCCAGAUUGAAGCUUCUAUGUGAAUGAUGAAAACAGCGAAGCUGGAUUUUGCAGACAUUGAGGAAAAUGACACCAUGGGACUACAGGACUGAGCAGGACCAGAGAAAACUUUCAACUACAGAGGAUGCCAGGGGCCAGCCACACAGCCAGCAACAGAGUAAGAAGGCAAGAAUGAAAUAUAACAUGGAAAAGGUCAGGUUCGUAUGGUGCAAGUGACCAUCCCAAACACUUUUGUGAAUGUGACUGUUGGGUCUAAUGCCACUCUUCUCUGCCUUUAUACCACCACUGUGAAGUCCCUGGACAAGCUGACAAUCCAAUGGUCUUUCUUCCACAAUAAGGACACGGAGCCAGUUUCUCAUGGCUCGCAUCCCAGUACUGAGGGUAUGGAGGAAAAGGCAGUCAGUCAGUGUCUAAAAAUGGUGCAUGCAAGAGACGCUCGGGGAAGAUGUAGCUGGACCUCUCAGAUUUUCUACUCUGAAGGUGGACAAGCUUCAGCUAUUGGGCAAUUCAAGGAUAGAAUUAUAAGGUCGACUAAUCCAGGUAAUGCAUCGAUCACCAUUUUGCGUAUGCAACCAGCGGACAGUGGAAUUUACAUCUGUGAUGUCAACAAUCCUCCAGAUUUUGUCGGCAAAAACCAAGGCAUCCUUGACGUCACUGUGUUAGUCAAACCUUCCAAGCCCCUUUGUACCAUCCAAGGAAGACCAGAAGCAGGUUACCCUAUUUCCUUGUCUUGCUUUUCUGCCUUUGGAACACCAUCUCCUGUGUAUUACUGGUAUAAGAUUGAGGGAAAUACCAUUGUGCCAGUAAAAGAAAGUUUCAACUCGGCCACUGGAGUUUUGGUUAUCGGAAAUCUGACAAAUUUUGAACAAGGUUAUUACCAGUGCACUGCCAUAAACAGUCUUGGCAAUAGUUCCUGUGAAAUUGACUUAACCUCUUCACAUCCAGAAGUUGGAAUCAUCAUUGGGGCCUUGAUUGGUGCCCUGAUAGGUGCUGCUGUCAUCAUCUCGGUGGUGUACUUCGCAAGGAACAAAGUGAAAUCACAGCAAAGGAAGAGGGACUUAACCCCCAGCACUGAACUUGAACCAAUGACAAAGGCAAGCCAUUCCCGAGACAAUGAAACGAUUCCAGCUGAAAACAUCCAGCUAGAAGCAACUCUGCCAUCUUCCAUCCAUGAUGCACAGGACACCGAACCUGCUACCACCAUCGUAGAGCCAGAAUAUGAGCCUAACCCCCCUCUUGAAAGUACCACACAGCCUGAUCCUGAACCAGAGCCUAUGCCAGUGUCUGAGAUGGAGAUUCAGCUAGAGCCAGAGCUGGAGGUGGAGCUGGAGCCAGAGCCAGAGCCUGAGCUCGAGCCUGACCUCGAGCCUCAGUCUGGAAUUAUAGUUGAGCCUCUGCGUGAUGAGGAAAAAAAUCCAGUUAAGGCAUAGGCAUAGAUAGGUAUGGCCUUAAGUGUGGCAGUUCUUACUUAGGAACCUAUUCCUGGCCUUUAAAAUUCGGUGGACUUAGCCUCCAGUUUGUCCUUCCAUCAUGGACAACCCUCAUCUAACAACGUUGCUCAUACUCACCAUUAAUCCAAAAUAAUAAAUGCAACUACUAAAGAAAUGUACAGGUUUCUUUGGUCUUAGUAUAGAUUACUUAAAACUGUACUAAUACGUAAAUAUAACAAAUGACAAGGCCGGGAUGAGUGGUUCAUUUCUAAUUCAGUUGGAAAAGCAUUUUUAAAAGUAUGUUCUGUAUUUUGUAGUCACUCUUUUUCAUGGCUCACAUGUGCACACAGUAAGAUAGAGUUCAUUUGAAUAUUAAUUUUAGGAUUAGUUGUCUUCCUUGUUCAUUUUUUAUACUUACCACUAAGGAAACAAUAUGACACAAUUGGCUCGGAAAUUAGGAAAAAAAAAAACAUUUCCCCAAAAUAAGAGGGUAUGUAUCAAUUGGUAUAUGCAAUUUAAAACUAAGUUUUACAAUUUAUCGCAUUAAAUCUUUAUUAAAUCACUUCAGUGUCAAACACUUGAGCAUAGCAAUUUUUUAUAACUUAUUUUUUUCACUGCCAAGUGGUGUACAGACAAACAAUUUAGAAUAAACUUUUUCUUGGUGAACAUAAAGUGUUGUUAUUGGAGGCAGUUUUGAAUAUGCCUUUGAAUAAGCUAUUAUGUUAUCACUGUCGGAUGCUAUCCAUUUUGGCAGUAGGCUAGGAUGGUGUUCUCAGUGAACACAGUCUAUUUUAGAUAAUCUAAACUGGUAAUUUAAAUAAUCUGUUUUAUUGUUUCUGUAGUCCAUGUUAAGAGAAUCAUCACUCUUAUAAAUGAUAAACAAUAAGUAAAUGCUUUGAUAAAAUCCUUUCUUCACUUU